ACAAUAAUCUACUACGCAUAUACACUAAUUUUUCAAACUGCAUUUGGUUGUGGUUGAACAGUCUCCGCCAGAGCCAAGGGAUCUCCUGCAAAAAAAGGUACCAGCUGGUGCUGACGCAUUCUUGACUGGGCUGUGCUUCGGCCUGCAAGCGGCCUGAAAGCAAAACAGUCCUGACUUCUGCCAUUGUGCAGCCUCCUGUGUUCUCCGAACUCCGAGUCACUCCUCAGUCACUUUGUAUUUGUAUCAUCUAUUCUCUAUCCUCCCCGACUUGAUGCCUGACGACCGCGGUGAUGGUGGUAGAUGAUAAAUUUAUUGGCCUUGGUUUGGCAGUGCUUUCUUCGGUAGCCAUUGGCUCGAGCUAUGUCGUCACUAAAAAGGGUCUUAUGCUUGCGGCAGAGAAGUACGGCUUCACGGGAGAUGGUUUUGAAUACAUACGGAGUCCGUUGUGGUGGUGUGGGACAACCAUGUUGGUAUCAGGAGAGUUGAUGAAUACCGCGGCAUACGCAUUUGCUCCAGCAGUGCUGGUCACGCCGCUUGGAGCGCUGAGCGUACUCGUCGGUGCCUUGAUGGGCGCAUAUUUCCUCAAAGAAGACAUUAAGGUCCUUGGAAAGCUUGGAUGUGCCACUUGCCUCCUGGGAUCAGUUUUGCUGGUGCUGCAUGCUCCGGGUGACAAGGACAUCCAAACAAUUGAUGAAAUCCUACACCUAGCGAUUCAACCAUUUUUUCUGCUUUACUGCAUUUUCGUUACAGUGUUUGCCAGCUACAUGAUCUACAAAGUAGCCCCGGUACAGGGCCGGACGAACCCGUUGGUCUAUAUCUCGAUUUGUUCCACGGUUGGAUCAGUAUCUGUCAUGUCAGUCAAGGCAUUUGGAAUUGCAGUCAAACUCACCGCGGGCGGAGAGAACCAGUUUACGCAUGCAUCGACCUAUGUUUUUGCGUUGGUCUUGGUAGUCACUACUUUGACUCAGAUGAACUAUUUGAAUAAAGCGAUGAGCGAGUUUCCCGCCUCGCUGGUGAAUGCGAUGUACUAUGUUGGAUUUACGACAUGUACUCUCUCCGCUUCAAUAGUAUUCUACCAAGGAUUAAACACCAGUGAUUGGGCCAGCAUAAUCUCGAUGAUGUGCGGAUUCCUUCUCAACUUUGUGGGCAUCACCCUCUUGACACUCUCGAAAACGGCAUCCUCCGCAUCAUCCAAGGAUGGUGGAAUCGGGUCAGUGCGGGAGAUGAGCAUGCGCUCGCUGGACCUUUCUCAGGGCCGGUAUGACCAUGUGCGAACAAGUAGUAUUGAACUUGAGCAUGCCCGCGUCAGACGGUCUUCUGGAGCAGAAGAAGAAGAAUCAUAACAGUUUCCUGCCAUUUCCAGUCCAUCCCCGCACUCAUAGGCUGGUGGAGUGUAUCUGUUGACUUGGUUAGAAGCAGCGGACCGGAGGGGGCCCCGACUUUCCUAAAAAAUACCCUAGAUAGAUAGACUUCUCAAACCACCAGAGUAAUAUUAUCACUAAAGAAAAGCCGACAAAACAAGAGCAACCAUCUGUAUAUAUAUCCCCAAACAUACACUAUAAUACCCGCAUAACUAACAACCCGUACUUGGCUUUCUAGGAGGGUCGAUAUUCUCUUUCUGUUUUAGUGCUCGCCCUCACUUCGUUUGACACC